AUGAGUUAAUAAAGUUGUUUCUUCAACGAAAUCACCUCAAUUGAAAAGAUUUAGGAAGAAUCCAUUUAUUAGCAAAGGUAUAUUUAUAUGAUUACUUGAGCCAAUCUAAUACACAAUAUUAUGUAAAUCAAUCAGAUAAGUCAAUUAAUUUUUUAUCUAAAGGAGGAAAUUAAUUCUUUUUACCUUUGGAUGUAGAAAUAAACUAAGUUUUUCCAUUGUCUGAAGGUCUCUUGCUAGGUUGGGGUAGGGAUGAAUUUAAUUAUUCUGUCGUAUUAAAUCACCCACUCGCCUCUAUUACAACAUUAGGAACAUAUAAUAGCACAUUAGGGACAAUAGAGCCUUGGAUACAUAUGUAAGAAGAAAUUAUUUAUGCUCAUAAAAUUCUGCCAAUAUUGAUAACUUAUAAUUCUUAAUUGAUGAGACAUUGUGUUUAUAUUUUAAAGGUUGAUGAUAAACAAGAAGUCCAAAAUUAUAAUCUUACUGAAAAAACAGAUUGCCAAGUAUAAAUCGCAUCAUAUUCUUAAUUAGAUCAUUAGUGAAUUAUAUUAUGAAGAAAAUAUAAAAGAAGAAAAAGCAAAAUAAUGUGAAAUAAUUAAAAGUAAUGUGGAUGGAGAAUUAUUAAUUUGUCUAUUAUCUGAUCAUACAAUAAGAAUUUUAGAAAUGAAUUUCUUGGAAGAAAACAAAAGCAAAAAUAUAUUCAAUAGUUUAAAAGUAGUUUAAACUAUUCAAAAAGUCAGUUAAAUAUAAGUAUUUAAUAUGAUUGAUUCUAUAUAUGCUGAAACUAUAUCAAUUAAAAAAGAGAAGUUGAAAUAUUAAAAUAAUUAAUUUGAAUAUGUGGCAUAUCAAAUCAUUAAUCACAAUAAUAUUCCAUCUAAUUUAUUAAUUUUACAUACAAACUCUGCUUUUACUUUAUUAAAUGGUAGUAAAAUCCUUUUAAAUUAUCAAAUUAAUGAAUAAAUUAAUGAUAUCUCUUAAUUCAAUUGUGCUCCUGUUAUAACAGAGCCCUUAAUUUAGACAAUCUUACAUUCUUUGAAAAUUGCCUUAGAUACUCAAUAAUACAUUUGUCUAUUUAAAGAUGUCAUCAUUAAUUGCUUAUAGAAUUAGAACCUUAAACUAGAAAUGUCAAAGAAUAAUAUAGAUAAUGAAUUCAUGAGGUUUACUUACCUAAUGUUAUGUUACCUAAAGUUAAGCAGCAAUAAAAAAGAUUGCGAAGAUUAAAUCUAAAAAAAGAUUAAGAGUAAUUCUUCUUCAAUGUAGCAAUCUCCCAUCAAAGAAAAUUCUAAAUCUUUUUAAUAAUUACUAAAAUCUAAUUAUCACAAAGAAAAUUCAAGUUAUAAUGGCAAUACUUAAAAUUCUCAUUAAUAACAAUAAUCGUAAUAAAGUUUAAGUUUUAUAUAUCACAUGACAAUGGAAAUGUUUAAUGAAAUUUAAGACAAGAUUUUAUAUGUUCUACAUUUAUUGUAUUAAGAAUUAUUGUUAUCAGAUGAAAAGCAAGCUAAUAAAUUAUUGAUUCUUUUAUAUUAUUAUUCCCUAAACAUGGAUAAUGAAGUUGCGAUAAAUUACACUGAUUAUUACCUCAGAAUAAAUCCAUAAUUAUAAUCAGUGUAUUAAAAUGAUAGUUUUAUUUCUCUUUUGCCAACUAUUAGAUCUUUAACUUUACUUGGGUAACCAUAGUAAUAAAAUAAAUAAAAAAUUCUACCUUAAAAUCCAAUAGACUUGAAUAAAUGGUUGAGCAGUUUAUUAAUGAAUAAUCCAAUAUCAUUUCCAAUAUUAUUUAAGAAAACGAAGUAAUUGUGCAUCAUUAUGCAAUCAAUCUUAAAGAAAUAAUUGAUUCAUAUUUCUUCAAUAUUAUAGAGUGAAGUUUAAGAUUUUUAAGUUUUAUAUUAAGUGCAAAAGACUUAACUAUUUUUUUCAAAAGUAUUAAAUCAAAAAUUACAAAUGAAAUAUAUUUAGCAAAAGAAAAAUAAACUUGAGAUGCUCACAAAAUUAAGAGGGCCUUCAUUAAUGUUAUAUUUAUGUAGUGAAAAACGUUGGAACAGAGAUAUUAUUAAUAAGCUGCCAUUAUAAUUUAAAAUUGUUAUUUUAGAAAUCGUCACUUUAUUAAGAAAUAAUUUUCCCAAUGACUUAAUGGGAUAAAUCACUAAAGAUGCUUAUUUAUUAAUAGAUAGAAUGGACAUUUACUUAAAUUGCAAAUUAUAUAUUCAAAAUCCUGUAGAAUGUGAAUUUAAAAAAUACGUUAAUUCAAUUUUGAGUGGGCAAAUAAAAAGUUUAUAAAAUGAAGAUGAUAAUGAUAUCUAAUAUGAUUAGCAUUUGAUGUAACAAGUUAAGAGACAAUUUGAUUUUACUAGAGAUAUUCGUAUAAAAACAAAAAUGACUGAACAUAUUCCUGAAGAAAGAUUGGAUUAAGAUGCUCCUUCAGUUUUAUUAAAAUUAUUGAACCGAAAAUUAGCUAUGUUUGUUGGAUUAGGAUCCUUGACAUAUGGUACAAGUGAUCAUUUUAUUACUGAUUAAAUUAAGUUUCCAUAAUUAAAUUUAUCAGGAAUCUUAUAAUAAAAUAGCUUGAAAUUAACAAUAGAUUCAACAAGAGAAGAUUAUACACAAAUGACACAAUGGCCAGAAUUUCAUUUAGGAGUAACAUUGUCAUUACAAUUAUCAAAAAAACUUAAAGGGUUAAGUCAAGAAUCUUUAAGAACUUGGAUAUUUUAUUAGAAACCAUAAAAUCCUUCUAACAUUCAUGGAGGAUUUAUGUUAGGAUUAGGAUUAUUAGGAUAUCUAAAUUCGUUUAACUAGAUUGAUUUAUAUUAACUUCUUACAUAAAAUCAUGAAGCAACUAGUGUAGGAGUAUUAUUAGGAAUUGGAGCUUCAAGAAUCGGAACUUGUGAUGAGCCUACUUAAAAAUCAUUAACUGUUCAUAUUCCUAGCUUAAUACCUAGUGUUUAUGAUUUGGAACUUCCUAGUAAUGUUUCUACAAGUGCAUUAUGUUCACUCGGAUUCUUAUUUAUGGCCAGUGGAAAUAGAAAUUUUACUGAAGUUGCUUUAGGUUUAAUAGGUAGAAAACCUCAUAAUGAUAAAGUGAUAGAUAGAGAAGGAUAUUCCCUUGCAGCUGGAAUUGCAUUAGGAUUAAUCAAUUUAGGAAAAGGAAGUGUUUGGAGAAGAGAACUUUAAAUUGUAGAUCGUUUAAUCAGAUUUGUCUAAGGAGGAAAAGUACUCCCUCCUCCUUAGUCUUCUUUGUCUACCAAUUUUAUGUAAAAUGAAAGUGUAAGUAGUUCUAUAAGAGAAGGUAGCAUGGUUAAUGUUCAUGUUACCUGCCCUGCUGCUUUAAUGGCAUUAAGUUUAAUGUUUAUGUAAAUGAAUCAAUAAAAUAUUGUUGAUUAAUUAAACAUUCCAAAUUCAUUUAGUAGUUUGGAGAGCUGCAACCCAAAUCAUAUAAUUUUAAAAUCUUUAACUAGAAACAUUAUCAUGUGGGAUAGUAUACCAACAACUUAAGAAGAUUUACAUUCCUAAAUUCCAGAAUUAAUUUCUUUUUUGUUUGAAUAACCUUUAAAAAAAAUCCAUUAAAAGUUUUAUUUAGUUUAUAAUGUAGAAGUCAUCGAUUUUAUGUCUGUAAGUAUGAUAUACACUGGCAUGAUUUCUGGAGCCUUGUUAGCUAUGGGUAUUAAAUAUGCUGGAACUCAUGAUUAAUAAAUUAAAUAACUUAUGAUUAAAUAAAUAGAGUUCUUAGUUAAAUUAAGAAUAUCUUAAAAUGAAUUUGCCAACGACCCAGAUAAUAAAUGCGCUAUUGAUUAAUACACUUAUUACACUAACAUAGUUAAUGCUUUAUAAGGAUUAUCUCUUUUGAUGGCAGGUAGCUUUGACUAAGAAGUAUUGACAAUAGCAAAAUCAUUAAUAUAAAAAAUGGAAAAUUCAUAAAUUUGGCAUUUUGGCUUCCAUUAAGGAAUAAAAAUGGCUAUUGGUUUUGUAUUUAUGGGAAAAGGAGGAUAUUCUUUCAAAAAGUCUAAGAAAGCAAUCAGCAUGCUUUUAUUAUCAUUAUAUCCAUAUUACCCAACAAACCCUGGAGAUAAUAAGUAAUAUUUGUAGGCCUUAAGAUGGAGUUAUGUUCUAUCAAUUAGACCUAAAAUCUUUAAAAUUAUUGAUGUAAAGACUCAUAAAACUGUGAAUUUAUAAAUUAAAAAUGAAAUAUUUUCAGACCCUAAUUACUGCCGGUCAAAUUUUUCAUUUACAAACAAGGCCGUAUAAACAAUUUAUGUACAAUCCAAAGUGUUAAGCUAAAAUAAUCAAGAUUUAUUAAAUCCAAAUAAUAUUCUGAAUCAUAUUGAUACUUUACUAUUGAUUGGUGAUAUGUAAUAAAUUGAUUCAAAACUUGAUGGGCUUUAUGAGUAUAAGUUUAUCAAAAAUUUAAAGGAGAAAUAAUAUUUUUUAAAGCUAUUGCAACACGAUUAAAGCAAUUUUAUUUAAAUCUUAGCUUCUUUAUUUAAUAGUAACAAAUAUUCACACAUACCAAUACUGGUAUUGUUUUAUAAAUAAUACUAAAAUAAAUUAGUCCUAUCUUAGGAAGUUAUUGAUUAAUUGACUCCUAUAAUUAGUGUUACAAAUCAAGAACUCAAUAAAUACAUCAAUUAAGAUUUAAAAAAUAUGCAUGUCAGUCUAGUUUCAAAAAAAAUCUUCAGCUUUUUAUCUAUUUAUAACUUGCCUUAUCUACACGAUAUUAAAUAAAUCGUUAAAGUUGCUAAACAGAUUCCUUUGUAGAUGUUAGAAUUUUAUUUAUUCAAAUCUUUUGAAGAUGUCCAAUAAGAAAAACUAAAGCAAUUAGCUCAAUCAAUAUUAUUAAAUUUAUGA